GUUGAGCAAAGAAAAACAUGGCAACAUAUGGUGAAGAUCCAGUCGACAGAUACUUCUAUUCAUCUUACAACCCUUACGUGGGCAGGUACACCCGGCCCAGAGACUCCGGGUGGAAGUAUAAAGGUUAUUUCUCCCACUACGCCGACGCCUCUGACGCGUUCAACAACCAGCAGCGCGCGCAGCUCAAGUCCAUCUUGUCCCAGAUCAACCCCAAACUCACCCCGAGGCUCCGGAAGGCCAACACCAAGGAUGUGGCGGUGCAGGUCAACCCGAAGAAGGACGCCUCGGUGCAGUGCGCCAUCGGCCCGCGGACCCUGCAGGCCAUGAAGCGGGACUCCCAGCGCAGGAAGAGGCCGGAGCCCGCCACGCCCAGCAGCCCGAAGGCGACAGGUGGCGUUCGCUAUCCCCGAACCCUGGCCGUGUACUCCCCCAUAGCUUACCGGAGCGUCACGUCAUUCCUCGUGGACGACAAUAACAACAUCAAGGCCGCGCCCUCUGAGGCGACGACGACCGCGGAGCCGCGCGGCGACGCGGGAGAGGGCGGCGAGGGGCCGGCGGAGGAGGACGGCCAGGCUGGUGAGGCUGGGAAGGCCGCAAAGUCUCCCGAGCCGAGCCAGAAGUUUAAACUGCAGCCGCAGGUGAAGGGUGAGCUCGCGCCGCCUGUCACAGAAGAGUCACAGGGCAAGGCGCGCGUGCGCUUCCAGUUCCUGGAACAGAAGUACGGAUAUUAUCACUGCAGAGAAUGCAAUCUGCGAUGGGAAAGUGCUUAUGUAUGGUGCGUUCAGGGCACCAACAAGGUUUACUUCAAACAGUUCUGUAGGAAAUGCCAGAAGGGCUUCAACCCAUACCGAGUGGAAGACAUAACGUGCCAUACUUGCAACAAAGCCCGCUGCUCCUGUGCCCUGACCCAGCGGCACGUUGACCCCAAACGACCCCACAGACAGGACUUGUGUGGCAGAUGCAAAGGCAAGCGGCUCUCCUGCGACAGCACGUUCAGCUUCAAAUACAUCAUCUGAGUCUGUCCGACUGAAACCCUCGACGCAAAGCACAAAUUUUUGAUGUUUCAAAACUUUAUUUUUUUUUUUUUCCCAGGUAUGUUUUGUUGACUCUGUAAGCACAUCAUGCCUUGGAUCGUAAUAAAUGGCUACCUUGCA